AUGUCUGAAAGUGAAAGUAAUCCAAAUCAAGAAAAAAAACGAAAACAACAACAACAACAGCAACCAUCAACAUCUUCGUCAACAAUCGACAAAACUGAAAGUACAAGUGAAGCUCAUGUUGUUUCAUUACCAAAAAAAAUUCGAUUAUAUGAUGCACAAACUGGAGUACCUGUCGGUAUAUAUUUAGAAAAUGAUAAUACAUUAAACUUAAAAAAUGUCCAAUUGAUUUAUCCAACUGCUACCACCGUUAAAUGCUUUUUUCCAGGUCAAACUGAUCCAGAUCUAUUUCCGUGUGAAAAUAAUCGAAUUAGAUCACCAAUUGGUAUUUGGCCGGAUGACAUUUAUGAACCUGUAUUACCAUCAUAUGCUAUACCACCAUUAGUGAAUUUGGUCCAGAGUCAGUCACGUGGCUAUGCACCUUGCCAAUUGAUAAAUUUAUAUAAACCAAAUUUAUGCUUAGAUGCUGAAUUCCUAGUGGACUAUGGCUUAACUGGUGGUAUUGCUGCUCGAGGUUUUAAUAAUCGUAUAACAACAUUACCAAAAUAUGAAGAUGUUAAAAUUAUCGUUAACCUUAAACAUUCAACAACAGGACAUGUUACAACAAAAAGUGCAAUUAUAUCCAUUUUGGAACGUUUACCUUUAUUCACAUGGGAUAUUGGGAUACAAUGCUCAAAUGAUCUUUCUUCAGAUGAAACACAAACAACAACAAGUUCAUAUUUAUUAUCACCACAACGCAAUUCAGAAAUGAUAACAUCUACAAUGUCAGUCGAUGAUAAUCCAGAAUCUAAUGUAGCGAUUCUGACAUUAAGUCCAUUAAAAUAUCCAAUUAAAGAUGGGGAUCAAUACGGCAUUUUAGGUUUUCCAGCAAUGACUAAAUUAAAUAUAGGAAUUCAUUUUGGUGGUAAUUAUAUUUUUGGUGUUGAAAGACUUUUUGAACAUGUGUAA